AUGGUCCACGUCCGCAUCAACGAGCGCGAAGCUAACCCGAAUCCGCACGUCAAUUUCAUUUCUGUUCUGCCUAUGGUCGAUGCCACUCUCGAGGAUGAUGCUCGACAACUUAUGCGGGCGCUGGCCGCGCAGGUGAGGCCUAUCAUGAAGGCUCAUGGUUUCACCGUGAACAGCUUGGAAGAGUACGAGUAUAACAGAGUGUUCGCGGGGCGGAACUGGAACAAUGGGGAGACAAUUGAGCUGGUUUUGAAGUCUGCUAGCGGUUCAUUUGUACCAAUCCACUGGCUUUUGAGUACAUUGUGCCACGAAAUCGCCCACAUAAAGCACAUGAACCACGGACCUGCCUUCCAAGCCCUCUGGCAACAACUACGGAAUGACGUCCGUGCCCUCCAAAAUAAGGGAUAUUAUGGCGACGGCUAUUGGUCUUCCGGGACCAGAUUAGCAGAUUCCGUAAAAAUAGCCGGCCAAGGUAUUGAAACGGGAGACCUUCCUGAAUACAUGUGUGGUGGUGCUCACUCACGUGCUCGACCUGCCUCCUACCAACGACGUAAAAGAACCGCUAAAUUUAGCGGGCCCUCUGUGCACACAGGUGCUCAAUCCGAGAAGAAACGCAAGGCUGGGUCCAGGAUUACCAACACUAACGUAUUUGGUUUGGGUGGAAAGGCACUGAACGAGGGCGCCAUUGGCGAGAAGAAAGAAGCCGGCACUGGAUUUAGGAAGAAAGCUGGAAGGCAUGUUAAACGCGCCCGGGAAGAACGUGCACUCGCUGCCGAGAGACGUAUGGAGACGCUCAAAAGUUGGUUUUCGUCAGCAUCCUCUUCGCGUCUGAAGAGUGAAGCUACAACAGGUUCAGAAUCUGAAUCUGAUGUUGAACUAUUAGAAACAGACCAAGACCGUCGAAGGACCAUGCUUGAAUCCGUAGGCGGACAGGAUCUCAACGAAAUGAAAGCAGCCAGUUAUGAUUUCUCAGAUGACUUUAGACUCCCCGGAGAAAUUGGCAGUAAUUCAUGCAGCAUCCACAAAAUUGAACGUCCCGAAGCUACUGUGUCGACAGAUGCACAGCCCGGUUCAUCAACCCGACCCGAGAAGCGUCGGCGUGCGCAAGACCAAGAACCAUCUGUCACUAAGAAAUUCCAGAUUUUUGAUGCUCCAAAACCUGAAGAUCAGUUGAAUGGCUGGAACUGUCUUGUGUGUACCCUAGCCAACGAGCCAGAACACCUAGCCUGUUCUGCCUGCAGCACCCCCAGGGGAGAUUCUCUCUGGGCUGGUAGAGUUUUAUGA